AUGUUACCACUGUUUUUCUCGAGGAUGCCAGCAAGUCGGCCAUUGUCGAUAUUGAAGGGAAAUGCAAGGUUUUUAUCAACACAACUAAAGAACACAAAUCAAAGCUACCACCAUCAUGGAGAUGAUACUAUGAUAUCAACUAUGAUGAAUUUAUCCAAAUCAAGAUUAAUAAAUUCUAAUGAUAUAUUUGAAUUAUCAUCCAAAUCAGCAUUAGGAUUAGAUAGAAAGUUUCAAUGUAAUAUCAAUGAUAUUUCAAAUAUGAUUCCAAUGUUCGGUCGUACAUUGAUCGAAAAUGCGGAGCAAGUUGUUAUUAAUGAUGUGACCAAUUUAUCGAAUGUCGAAAUGCACUUAGAUUCUGUGUUAAGGAAAAGGAGGAAGAAGAUGAAAAAGCAUAAACUGAGAAAAAGAAGAAAGAGACAAAGGGCUGAAAAAAGGAAACUUUCACAAGGUAGGUAG